UCUCUCCCUCCCUCUCCCUCCCAUGGGCCUCCCCAAACGCCCUCUAUCGCCCUCCUCCUCUUCCUACUCACCACAGCCCCUCACGAAACGCCCAACCAUGGACCCCACGAAAACAUACAUCGCCCUCGGCUGCGAAGGCUCUGCCAACAAGCUCGGCAUCGGCAUAAUCAAGCACACGCCCACCGAGACCCUCGUCCUCUCCAACCUACGCCACACAUUCAACUCGCCCCCCGGCACUGGCUUCCUCCCCAAAGACACCGCCAUCCACCACCGCACACACUUCGCCCCCCUCGCGCUCGCCGCGCUCCGCGAAGCCGCCCUCUCCCCCGCCGACAUCGACUGCAUCUGCUUCACCCAAGGGCCUGGGAUGGGCGCCCCGCUCACAUCCGUCGCCGUGGGCGCCCGCACACUCGCCCUGCUCUGGGACAAGCCGCUCGUCGGCGUGAACCACUGCGUCGGGCACAUCGAGAUGGGCCGGACCAUCACGGGCGCAGAUAACCCCGUAGUACUCUACGUCUCGGGCGGCAACUCGCAGGUGAUUGCGUACGCGGAGCAGCGGUACCGCAUAUUCGGCGAGACGCUGGACAUUGCUGUAGGUAAUUGUCUGGACCGGUUUGCGCGGACACUCGAGAUCCCCAAUGACCCGGCGCCGGGGUACAACAUUGAGCAGCUGGCCAAGAAGGGCAAGAAACUCCUCGAUUUGCCGUACACGGUCAAGGGCAUGGACUGCUCGUUUUCAGGGAUCUUGGCGGCGGCGGACCUGCUGGCUGCGCAGAUGAAGGAGGGUAAAGCGGACUUCGACGCGGCCGACCUGUGCUUUACACUACAAGAGACAAUGUAUGCCAUGCUGGUGGAGAUUACAGAGCGCGCCAUGGCUCAUGUUGGCAGUAAUCAGGUGCUGAUUGUGGGCGGCGUGGGCUGCAACGAGCGCCUACAAGAAAUGAUGGGCAUGAUGGCCAAGGAGCGUGGCGGCAGUGUGUUUGCUACAGACGAGAGAUUCUGCAUCGAUAACGGCAUCAUGAUUGCCCAUGCGGGCCUGCUGGCUUACAAGACGGGCUACAGGACCGACCUCAAGGAUAGUAUGUGCACACAGCGGUUUAGAACAGACGAAGUGUUUGUAGAAUGGAGGGACUAGACAAAACACAAAACGGUAACGAAGAAAAGACAAGGCAUUA